CAACCACUAUGACGACGACUGCCCGAAAUAGCCACAGGUUGCAUCACAACUACGCAAAACAUACCCCUUAUAAGCUUGGAUUCGCGUCGUCGCGGUUACAUCCGAGACGGGACAGUUGCAGAAGAUGAGCCAGGCAGAAGGGAGGAGCAGAGGGAAAGGAUCUGGCCGAGGAGGUGGCCACAACAUCAAGCUGUCCAAGUCGCUGUCCUAUCUGCUGAGACAUGGAGCUGCCAAGAUGGGCUUCCAGCUGGACCCAGGCGGCUUCCUGUAUGUGGACGAGGUUCUGAAACACCCGCAGUUCAAACGCUACACCGCGGACGACGUGCGGCAGGUGGUCGCUGACAACGACAAGAAACGUUUUGCUCUUCAGGAGGAGGAGGGGACCGGGAGGCUGCAGAUCAGGGCCAAUCAGGGCCACACGCUGGAGGUGGAGGAGCUGGACCUGACCCCCAUCACGGACCCUGCGGAGGCCCCCACGGUGGUGCACGGGACCUUCCUCAGCUGCUGGGACAAGAUCAGGACUCAGGGCCUGUCCAGGAUGAGGAGGAACCACAUCCACUUUGCACCGGGGGAGCCAGGGGAGGACGGGGUCAUCAGUGGGAUGAGAAGAACAUGUCAAGUUCUGGUCUUCAUCGACAUGGAGGCAGCCAUGAGAGAUGGCCUGCAGUUUUUCCGUUCUGCCAACAAUGUGAUCCUGAGUCCAGGUAAUGAGGAGGGGCUCAUCCCACCUAAGUACUUCCAGCAGGUCUUACAGGCCAGACCAAGGAGAGUUCUUCCGCUGGACUUGCCGUCGUCAUGACAGAGUAGAACCAAGGCAGAGCUGCAGCUGUAAUGUUCAGAUACAAGUAGUUUCAUCAAAAUUAGUUGAUUUCCCAAUCACUGUCUCCAAAAUGCAGUAACCAGGCAACAGAGGUGUACACCCAGGAAAUCUCAUCCUCCUACGAAGGGAUAUCCAACAGCAAAACUGCCUGUCUGGAUGUACCCUGCUUUCUCAACCUUCGCCCAAACCAGCUGUCAG